UCUAAAGUUGUUGGCUUUUGGGCUUUGAUGUGCUUAUGAGUGAAAUCUUAAUUUUCAAAAUGAUGUCAUGUUUGAAAUUCACUAAUGCGAGGCACCUUUUUCUAGGUAAUGUCGGAGCUGACCAUGCUGUCUUUGAGCAAGGUGCUUCGGCAGGAAAUGUGGGCAAUGAGAAAUUGGUGCAACAAAAGAAAGCCAACCCUGUGGCUGUUCUUCUCUCAUCUGCAAUGAUGUUGAGACAUCUCCAGUUUCCGUCAUUUGCUGAUCGAUUAGAAACUGCUGUUAAGAAGGUAAUUUCAGGGGGUAAGUACCGAACAAAAGACCUUGGAGGGACUAGCACCACCCAAGAGGUUGUUGAUGCAGUCAUAGCCGCAUUAGACUGAAUGCAUAGACAGUUAAUUAUUUAUUUUCUUAAAUUACAAUUGAAAUAAUGUUUAAAUAAUUUAAAUCCAUAAUUGGAAGGAGACAAUUUUUUUUUCCCUUUUUUCUAAGUUGAAAAACUUGUAUCAGAAUCAAAAUUUUUUGACUAU